AGCUUGAUUUCCUGCACACCGAUGCUAAUGAGCUAACUGCACUCUUCCUGUGUGCAUUCGUCAGAAAGAUAAGUGCGACUCGUUUAUCGUCGCCAAACCUCAAAUAUGACGACAGUAAGUUGAGUUUGGAAACAGAUGGAUACUCGCAACCAUUUAUGUCAAGGGCAAUUGCUGGGAAAGGUCUAAAUUCAGACUCGAACGGCUUAAAAAUAUAAGCUAAGCUACAUGUUAACGUUGCCAAGACCAGGGUAGUCUCUCUAGGGGUAUAGCUGGUCAACUCAAAACAGAGGGGUUUUUUUCUCAGACGGAAAUAAACUCUCUUUCCAGAGAUGUCGUGGUUCAAUCACGUCAGUCAAUGCUCAAAUCAGCAACAGCAGCCCACUGACAGACUCUCAGCCACAGACAUGUUGUGCAGCACCCUUCACUCAAGGCAGAAAGAGGGGUCACCGACCAUGGCAGCACAACACUGGACCGGCUUUUCCACUCCCAGCCCGGAGGACUUUCCAUCAGCUCCACGGGGAGUAGUCAGCCCUCUCAGCCUUGAGAACCUGCUCUGCGCCUCUCACAGCGCAGGUAGGAUGAGAGAGCUGGAGCCCAUCUCCUAUGUGAGCCUCCAGGAGCAGCGGUGUGUCCUGAGCUGGUUCCAGGGCUGGACCCCUCCUCAGAGGGAGCGCUUCAUGCAGGACCUCCUGGGGAAAGCUGUACCCGGGAAAGUGUGCACCCUCCUAGAUUCACUCAGCACUCUUCAGGUUAUGGACAGACUACCAAACAUCUUUGAGUGCCAGCUGCGCCUGUGGUCCCAGUGGUUCGAGUCUUGGGGAGAAGAGGAAAGGAAUCAUUUCCUGCACAUUCUGGAAGAGCGGGACCCAGUUUUUGUUGCCCACUUUUACAGGAGUGUAGCCGGUACAGCAGGAAGAGAUUGACCAAUGUGAUGGGAAAGCUAACAAAAUGUUUGGGGAACGUGUGUUAGGUUAGGAUAGUUUUCUUACAAGAAAUGUUUUUGUUACUGUGAACGGAUAUAACGUUGAAGGCAAACCAUUUCAUUGUAAACACAGAAGCUUUCUUUCAAUUUAAGCUGUUAUUAUUUAGUUUCCUUCAUCAGUUUGGGCUACAUCCAACGUUACACCACUUUUUUCUUUUUAUAAAUCAAGUUCAAAACUUUUUUUGCUUCAAGCCUGUAUAAUGAGUAGAGCUCUGCCAUUUAGGGACCCAAUAGAGUGGUGCAGUGACGAUGUAUUUUUAUAGGCUGACCCGGAAGUUAGCAUUGCAAGGGCUCACUCUAAAAUAAGCAAUGGGAUUUUUCCACUGGAUUUUGAAUAUUGCUAAACAAAUGUAAUCUUUGGCCAACACGUUUAUGAUACUUACACAUGUUCAGCAGGAUGAUCUCCACAUAUUAACACCACUUUUAUGAUUUUUGAAGCGUAAUUGCAAUCGCCAGAAGCAAAAAGUUAUCGUUAGGGCUAUAAACAAACCACAUCACUGUCAGAGGACUUCACGUAACCAUCGCUAAGCUUCGUUGUUCGGCAUGAUAACGUUUAUUGCUAAUGAGACUCUUUCCUGCACUACUCUAUGGUGUUCACUUGGUUGAAACAUAGUUACGCUUACAAGCUUACUAUCUUUGUACAGGGCCUGCUGAUUGAAAGACCUUGAAUUUCAUGGACAAGGGCACACAUGCUUUUUGAAUAUAGAAACAAUAAACAAAAUGCAUUACUG